AUGGAGCGCCUUCGCAAGCUGAGGGCGGGCAUCUCCCAUCACGACAGCGCCAAGCGCUUCACGAGCCUGGGCAUCGACGUCUACAUCGGGCACGGAGAGUUCUCCUCACCCAACACCGUCCAGGUGAACGGCAAGACCCUCAAGUUCAAGUCCGCCGUCGUUGCCACUGGAGGUUCGGCCGCCCUGCCGCCUAUCCCGGGUCUCAAGGAAGCCCCAUACCUCACGAACGCCUCUGUCUUCAACCUCACCGCCCUACCCAGAAGGCUGGUGGUGAUCGGAGGAGGACCCAUCGGUCUCGAGCUGGCCCAGGCGAUGCAGCGCUUCGGGUCGGAGGUCACCGUGCUCAUCCGCUCCGGAGCUAUCAUGCCCAAGGAGGAUGACGACGCCAGGGCUAUCGUCCUAGAGUCCCUCCUUAAGGACGGCCUGAACCUCCAGUUCCACCUCAAGUUCCUCCGCGUGGAGCACGAGGAUCCCAAGGAGGAGGGAGACUUCCCCCUCAUCAAGAUCUUCGUCGAGCAGGACGGCCAGGAGAAGGUGUUCGAGUGCGAAGCCCUCCUGGUGGCCACCGGGCGGAAGCCCAACGUGAGCAACGUGGGCCUGGAGAAGGCGGGGGUGGAGUUCAACCCCAAGGACGGCGUCAAGGUCAACGACCAGCUGCAGACCACCAACAAGUCUAUCUACGCCGUCGGGGACUGCUGCACGAAGUUCCAGUUCACUCACGCCGCGGACUUCAUGGCAAGGAUCGUCAUCAGGAACGCGCUCUUCUUUGGCAAGGCGAAGUUCAGCGACCUCCUGAUCCCAUGGGCCACCUUUACCGAGCCGGAGGUGGCCCACGUUGGGCUGUACCCUCGCGACAUGGAGGCGCAGAAAAUCGCUUACGACACGUACACCAAGCAGUUCGACGACAACGACCGCGCUAUCCUGGAGGGCGAGACGGAAGGUUUCGUGAAGAUCCACGUGAGGCGUGGCACCGACCGCAUCAUCGGGGCAACCAUCGUCGGGGCCGGUGCCGGCGACAUGAUCAGCGAGGUGUCCGUGGCGAUGCAGUCGAAGGUGGGCCUCGGCAGCUUGGCGGGCGUGAUCCACCCUUACCCCACCAGAGCCGAGUCCAUCCGCCAGGCCGGCGACCUGUACAACAAGACCAAGCUCACGCCGGCGGUGCGCUCGUUGUUCCGCAACCUCAUGGCCAUCAAGCGCUAAAACAAAACGAGCGACAGACAUCCUUGAAGGAGGCGGGCGAUACCGAGUCGGGAUUGUUUUUCGCUUGCUGAGUAUUUUUCGACGAGAGAGAGAGAGAGAUAGAAGGGAGGUCGUCGGUGUGGUUUGUCGUUACAUGGGCUUGCUUGCAUGCUGUUGUGUAGCCCUUGCGAGGAGGCGCGAUGACCGAGUUGGGGUCGUUUUCUAGCUGGGUUCAGUAGUUUUUGACGAUAAGAGAGAAGAAGGAAGUCGUCGCUGUUGUUUGCCUUGCUUGCUAUUGUGUAGCCCGCGUGAUCCUGCAGUUGGCGCGUUUCCGUGUUUCGCGUGCUUUUAUUUUGAUGCUUUCUACAGUAUCUUGACACUCCUUGUCGAACCACCGAGUUGUUUCAGCAAGCGUGCUUUGCUUGGCAAAUAAUCUUAUCUGGUUCGCCAGGGUUCUGUCCCCUGUGAAUUGAGCAUGUGCAUCCUCUAGGUAUUGUACCGGAGUAUACGGAGGCGUGAUUUACAUCACGGCGAACGAUAUUUAGACCGGCUGGUAUACGUUGGUACGCGUUGCUUGCAUGGGGUCCGUGUAGAACUCGCCACCUCGAUCGGGACUACGCGAGAUCGUCUUGGUCCAUGACCAACGUAAUUGCUUUUUGUGAAUUUGCGUGCCCUUGUUGCCUGUGCCUGGGUCACGGCGAUCGCGUGUCGUACCUAGUUGUUGUGGUGUGAGCUUGCCGUGAUUUGGAUAUUCAAGCAUAAGCAUGUACCGUACUGUAGACAGACCUCGUUCGGGUGUCACACAGAUUUGACGAACCGGGGAGUAGAGGCGUUUUUUCCUUCUUUUUUUCAUUUGUUUUUAAGAGCACACGAGCGUGAGCACCCAACGGUAGUGUGGGAAAGCGUUUGCGUUGUUGUUCUUUUUUUCUCGUUUGCUUUGCAGCUGCUGGGUAGAAUGGGUCUUGAUGUUUAGGGCACAUUCCGGUCGAAGCCGUUUGUCGAGGUUGCGAUUUGUCAAUGGCAUCACAGUAUGCCCACAGUAUGCUCACACGUUAAACCUGAGAACCGGGCGAUUCAG